UGGGGCUGCGGCGCCCUCACAACAUGGCGGCGGCCGAGUGAGGGGGGAGCGGCGGGGCCGGGCCCGGCGGGGGCGAGCGGUGGGAGCUGAGCGGCCCCGUGCCCGCUGGAGGAGCGUCGCCCACCCGGGGCCCGGCAUGCGGUGAGGAGCUGCAGGUCCUGUAGGCGGCCCCACCAUGUUCAGCAAGAAGAAGAAGCGCCUGGAGAUCUCGGCUCCCUCCAACUUCGAGCACCGCGUCCACACGGGCUACGACCAGCAGGAGCAGAAGUUCACGGGGCUGCCGCGCCAAUGGCAGGGCAUCAUCGAGGAGUCGGCCAAGCGGCCCAAGCCGCUGGUGGACCCCGUCUGCAUCACCGCCAUCCAGCACGGCUCGCAGAAGACCAUCGUGCGGGGCACCAAAGCCGCCAAGGACGGCUCCCUCAGCUGGCUGCUGGACGAGUUUGAGAACAUGUCCGUGUCCCGUUCCAAUUCUCUGCGCAGGGACAGCCCCCCCUUCCCGCCCCGCCGCGACCACCUCUACCAGGAGAACGGCCUCUCCGAGGGCCCCCCCGCUGCCCGCCCGCACGACGCCCGGGGCAAGGACAAGAAGCUCCACGGCGCCCGCGGCGAGCUAGAGCAGGGCAAGGAGAGACCCCGGGACGGGGAGGAGCAGCGCGCCCACCACCCGCAGCAGCCCCGCGGCCAGGAGCCCGGCCCCAAGGGCGCCGGGGGCCGCCCGCCCCCCCCCGAGUACCCCCGACCCCCCGACCGGGACUGCGGCGAGCCCGUGGUGCGGCGGGAGCGCCCCGAGCCCUGCGAGCGCCGCCCCAAAUCCACCUACGCCGCCGACAGCAGCCCGCAGCCCCCCCGCGACAAGCGCCCGCUCUCGGGGCCCAAUAUGCGGACUCCCAACAUCCCGGUGAGCGAAGGGGUGAUGAAGACGGCUCAGCAGACGGGACGCCCCUUUAAUACCUACCCGCGGGCCGACACCGACCCCGGCAGGGGCGCGGGUUCACAGGCAGAGCACCGGCCAGGACGCCCACAGGAGGUGGCAUCGAACGGGCCGGUGAGCGGCACCAGCGGCUCCUCCCGCGCCCCCCCGCCCGGCCCGCCGCGCUCCAAAGGCGGCCCCGAGCCCCCCGCCGGCCUCACCCCGCACGCCUCCGACCCCCACCUCGCCCGCCAGCCCCCCGCCGCCGCCGCCACGGCCCCCCCCCAGCAGCAGCAGCAGCAGCAGCCCCGCUCGCCCCAGCGGGAGCCCCAACGCGUCUCCCAUGAGCAGUUCCGGGCGGCCCUGCAGAUGGUGGUGGACCCCGGGGACCCCCGCAGCUACCUGGACAACUUCAUCAAGAUCGGCGAGGGCUCCACCGGCAUCGUCUGCAUCGCCACCAUCAAGAGCACGGGCAAGCUGGUGGCCGUCAAGAAGAUGGACCUGCGCAAGCAGCAGCGGCGCGAGCUGCUCUUUAACGAGGUGGUGAUCAUGCGGGAUUACCAGCACGAGAACGUGGUGGAGAUGUACAACAGCUACCUGGUGGGCGACGAGCUCUGGGUGGUGAUGGAGUUCCUGGAGGGCGGCGCGCUCACCGACAUCGUCACGCACACCAGGAUGAACGAGGAGCAGAUCGCGGCCGUCUGCCUGGCCGUGCUCAAGGCCCUGUCGGUCCUGCACGCGCAGGGCGUCAUCCACCGCGACAUCAAGAGCGACUCCAUCCUGCUGACGCACGACGGCCGGGUGAAACUCUCCGAUUUUGGGUUUUGCGCCCAAGUGAACAAGGAGGUGCCGCGGCGCAAGUCGCUGGUGGGGACCCCGUACUGGAUGGCGCCGGAGCUCAUCUCCCGCUUGCCCUACGGCCCCGAGGUGGAUAUCUGGUCCCUGGGCGUGAUGGUCAUCGAGAUGGUGGACGGGGAGCCGCCGUACUUCAACGAGCCGCCCCUGAAGGCCAUGAAGAUGAUCCGGGACAAUCUGCCCCCCAAGCUCAAAAACAUGCACAAGGUUUCCCCCUCUCUCAAAGGCUUCCUGGACCGCAUGCUGGUGCGGGACCCGGUGCAGCGGGCCACGGCCAACGAACUCUUGAAGCACCCCUUCCUGGGCAAGGCGGGCCCCCCCUCCUGCAUCGUGCCCCUCAUGCGCCAGAACCGCAUGCGGUGAGGGGCCGCCGGCCGCCCCGGCCCCCUCCUGGCUCUCGCCUCGAACUGGAUUUGUGACUGUGCCACUACUGGGGGGGACUGGGGGGCAGCCGGGGGGGGCCUGGCCCUCCCACACCGUACUACUGAGUCGGGGGGGCGGGGGGGCGUGUGGGGAGGGGCAAGGCCGUGGUGCUGGCCUCGUCCCCCUUUUCCCUGCAGGUUUGUGGGGCCGGGGGCUUAUCCCAACCUCACCAAGCCCCUGUGUCGUUCCCACCCCGGGGGGGGCCUUUUGGGGCAUCUCAACACCCCCCCCCCUUUUCUUUUUUUCCUUUUAAAUUCUCUCUCUGUCCCCAUCAGGGGGGUCAGGCCACCUGCACCCCCCCCGUGGGAGGGACGUGUCCCUGCAGCCCCAACACUACAGCCCCGCGGCCACACUACUGAUUUGGGGCCCCCCCCUCCACCCCAACACUUUUUUUGUUUGUUUUUGUUCUUUUUUUUUUUUUUUUUUAACUACAGCUAUUUAUAUUGUCGUUUUGUAAUGCCGCAGGAUGGGGGAGCCCCAGGGCCGCCGCGGGGCCCCCUGGAGAUUACACGUGUCCUUUUGGAGAGC